AUGGCUCUAGUGGCUGUUCUAACGUUGUUGUGUACGUGCGGCUUUGUUUACGCUAAACCGGUACCGGUGUCGCCGCUGAACAAUACCCUCAACUUGCCCGAACUGCACGUCCGGGGGACGCACUACGAGGUGGGCUACACCGUCGGCUACACCUUCAGAGAGCGGAUCCAAGACUUCUACACCAAAUACACCCUCCUUCACGACGUCCUAACUCCCUUCUACCAGUCAGACAAAGGAAAGGCGAUCGUAGACGGCUACUUGAAAGUCGCGAAUGAGUCCUUCCCUCAGUACAUUUCCGAGCUAACCGGUAUAAGUGACGGCGCCAAUGUGCCUUUCAUACAGGCCUUCCUCUUAACCGUUAGGCACGAAAUUCUGCUGAUGCAAAGGAAGAGGGACGUUUCUUCGUGUACAGACGUUUUUAUGGACAUCGCGAACCAGAGAGUGCUGGCACACAAUGAGGACUCUGACCCUCUGGUUAAAGAUCACGCCUACCUUAUCCAUGCACAGAUCUCCCCACAUAAGCUGCCUAACGGUACACAGAUAGGAGACUGGGAGUACUUCACUGCCUACACGUACCCGGGACACCUGCCGGGAUGUGCCUUUGGACACAACUUAAACGGCAUGGUCUUCACCGUCAACGCUGUGUUUCCUAAAAACGUGCAGCCCAAUAAGCAAGUUCGUUACAUGUUGAACAGAGCCAUGCUGGCAGCCACGGAUCCCAGUCAUGCCCUGGAUAUUGUAACCAACAAGAACGGACCAGGUGUGGCAUCUGGCUUCAGUGUGAAUAUCGGUUAUGCAUCAGACUUCAGCAAACUAUACAACAUUGAGGUUGCGCCGACAACACCCAGCACACCACAGUACUCCCAAACAGUGUUGGACGUACAAGGACUGCAGCAUUACUUCCAUUUCAACAUGUAUGAUAAGCUGAAUGGUACUGUUCCACAGUAUGAGGACCCCAGCACAGAACAUCGCAAGGCCAGAGCAGCACAGAUGGGAAGUCCUUAUGAUCUGAGGAACAUUGUGGACAUACUUGGGGAUACAGAAGAUCCUGACUAUCCCAUAUACAGAAGUCCUAACAACAAGGAUGGUGCAGAGACUGUGGCAACAGCCAUAUAUGACUUCAGCCAGGGCCACUUCACUGUCUACCUCGGCAACCCAAAGGACAAGGAAGGGUAUCCAGGUACUCCCAUGAUCCAGAGGUUCUUCCCAAACUUCUGAUCAAAUCUGUAACUCUAGCCCUUUUCCCAUAAGGACAAAUUUGUCCAGAUCAGCUAGGAUCUACUUUGUAAGGUAGAUCCUUGGCUCCAUCUCAAACUAAGCCAGAUAUAGCGAAAAGUUUAUUGCAAAUUCGUGCCCGGAGGCUAAUUGCAAAUUACAAACAUAAAAGAAAAAUGAAACAGAGUACAAAAUAACUUACUUAAAAGUCUACAUGAUAAAGGUAGCUGUCUAUAACUAUAACUAUGAUCAUGAUUAUGACUGUUAUAGUGAAUGUUUCAAGUGUGGUAAAGUUUAGGAUACAGGAGUUUUCUUUUACACAACCAAGAUAGUUAUUUUGC